UCAUUGUUGAACGGUGAAUUGCUCGGUCAGGUGACAAAUGACCUGUUUGAAGGCCUGUCCAAGGCAACAUACCCUGCGAGGAGGGGAGACGUGAAGACCAACGGUGGACAGCUUGCGACCUUGCCGUAAAAGAUAAUGUCUCCCACCAGACAACGCCGGUAACGUGACUUUGCUAUCCAGCAUUCUGGAAGUAGAAUCCCAACAUCACUACUCGACCAACGCCACUCCACCAUGAACAACUCCGAGCAUGCGGAUGAGGAGAGCCACCUGGCACCCUGGCUGGCCAUCCCAGCCCGCUCCAUCUCCGUGGUAGAGCACCCCUGCAUCGUGAAGAACCCAGACAAAGCCAUCACCUCGCUCGGAGGACCCUUGAAGCUCACCGAGAGCUUGCGGGCCAAGGGAGAGUCUGCGCCGCAAUCGACAGAGGGUCCUCAGGAAUCGCCUCCGUUGAUAUCAGUGUCCCUGCGACCAGAGGAUCCAUAUGCCCGGCGAUUGCUCGCCACCCCCGUCACCAUCGACAACGUGCUGCUCAAAGUCACGGUUCCCAAACGAACAGGCAGGAAGCGGAAGCGAGGGUCUUCGGACCCUUUCCUUGCCCAUGGCGAGACGCAUAGUACCGGCAACAGUGCCUAUGUGAAGGCUCAAACUGUGUAUCGCAGCCUGCAAGACAAUGCAGACAGCUACUCUGUGACUCCCGUGGGAGUUAUAGAUGAAGCCCAUCGUUUUCGAAUGCUCCCGGAUAUACAGGUGGCUACCCAAGGAAAUCGCCUCAUCAAAGACCUUGGAAACACUUUCAAGACGCUCAAGUGGCCCCAGAUUCGCGACUACAACUUCAACACCGAACCCGGCGCGGACCGUUCCCAGCAUGUCCCUCUCACGCCCGAAUUCCUGCAAAUCCCAGUGCAAUACGAUUACAAAUUCCAGCAGAAUCCCUACGUCAAGUACACGGGCGACGCGCGAACAGAAAUCAAUGUCCAGAAACGCACCACGGUCGAGGGAUACAUCUUCGUCGACGUCGAUGCCGACAAGGUGCCUAGGCGCCCGAAAUCCAGCCUUCCCAAGGAAUCCACCCUGACCGCAUACAUGCGGGGACUGAUUGCCGCCAUCCGGAAGCAGCUAGACGAACGGCCCGUCAUCACUCGCCUGCUCCUGUUUAACAGACUCGGAUGGGACCAACGCGACAAGAUCCGCGAGGCCGCCGUCUACUGCGGCUACUUCUUCUCGUCCGGUCCGUGGCGCGAGUGCCUCAUCCGCUGGGGGUUGGAUCCGCGCAAGGACCCUUACUACCGACGCUACCAGACGGUGUCGUACAUGUCGUUCCGGAGGGGAGGCAGCAUGGCCAAGACGCAAAGCGAGGUCAACAGGCAUAUGUCAGAGAUGACCAAGAAGAAUCCCAAGCAGCUGGAGAGGGAGCACAUCUUUGACGGCGAGACGGUCGGGAGCACGGGGAAUCUCUUCCAGUUCUGCGAUAUCAAGGACCCCGUCAUCCGGAAGAUCCUAGACACGGAUGAUAUCCGGGAGACGUGUUCGCCCACCUUUACGGGCUGGUACCACGUCCAGACAUGGGCCAAGGCGACUGUGAUUCUCAAGGACAAGAUCAACCGCAUCAUUGCCGGCAAGGAGCUCAAACCAUGGCUCUACGAGCGCAUCCUCACCUGGUCCGAUCGCUUCGACGAUAGGGAAGUGUACGAGACGUACAGGGACGAAAUGUUCGACAAGGAGCUGCACAGGGAGAGGCUGGAGGAGCACCGACUUCUUAAUGCCGUCCGGUGGGCGGCCAAGAACCCGAGGUAUGCGUUUGAUCGCAUGCAGGAAACCAUGCAAGCCGAGGAUGCUCGCGGGAGCGAGGAGAUGCAGGAGGAAGUAGAGGAGGAGGAGGAGACAGAUGAGGAGGGCGAGGUGGACGUUCCCGAAGAUUCAGGAGAAGAGCGGGAUGAAGAAGCAAUCGCGCAGGAAGAAAGGGAGAAAGUGCCGCAGUUCGCACCCGGAAGCGAGGAAGGAGAACUAGACGACUCGGAGGACGAGGACGAGGGCGAGGACGCUGAGGACGAAGAGGAAGACGAGAAGGAGGACGAGGAGGAAGAGGAGCAUGACGACGAGGAUGAGGAGGACGAGGAUGGGGAUAGCGAAGGUGACUCCGACGACAUGGAAAUCGAUGGGCAGGAGAAAACUGUCUCGAGGCGGACUGGGAGGCGGCGUUAGAUGAUACCAAUGGCAGCGUAUAUCUGCUUGACGUUGAGAUUCUCAUCGACGAUAAUGAAGCUUAUACUGUUCUAAUGCUGCUGUGUAAAUGAUAAGGC